AUGGCAGUGGGGUUGCAAAGUGCACGGGAAAUAGGUGCAUGUUGGCGGCAAAUCUCAACGGCAAGCUUCAAGGAUACCCCAGACGAACGACUCAAGGUGUACAAUGCGCUCGCCAACCUUUCGGGCCAUGGUAGUGAAGCAACUUCUUCCUUGGAUAUGUGGACAGCGGCGAUGUUAAAGGCGGUUCAAGAUCCGUGGUCCCGCAUACGCAAACUCGGACGUGAGCGACUCCUUCAGGAUGUCGUCGCUAAUGCAGCAAAGAUGAAUAGAGACUAUGCCCAGCUUCUGCCGAGUCUUCUCGUUUACAAGUGGCCCCGGCUACAUUUUUGGUAUGAAAGGGAAGGACUCCUACUACUACUACUAGGUUUGGUAUCCUGCACGCCAAGUGUGGUAUCGGAUAGGUGUGUGUUGGCUCAUGUCUUAAUACAAGUGGUGUUACCGUCUCUUUCAGACCCUCAGUUACCAGUGCGCGAGGUUGCAAUUAAGAUAACGGUACAGAUAGCGCGACUAAGUAUCGAACUUGCCUCUUUCACUUUGGACUACGUGUUUGCACUACUCAAGGAGUGCGUUGAAGGUGCGGCCGAGCCUGAGGCUUUUCGGGUGGAAAGUUUUCUUAGUUGUUUUGAGAAUAUUUUGAGCGUACAUGCAGGCUUGUUUCUAACACGAUGGUGGGAUAAGUUGCAGAUUCUUCUUCAGCAAUUAGCUAUCCAUUGCGCUGCUAGUGUUCGUCAAGGAGUAGCGGGGGUGUGGGCCUUGCAUUCUCCCGAAGCCUUCGCUAUGCUUCGGAUUGCGACGAUACAGAAGGCACAAACACCAUCGGAAAGUGACGAUUGGUGGCGAAUGGUUGAAGCGCUUCUUAUGGCGUUGCAAGAACAGCUGACACAUUACUUAUGCUUCCCAGACCAGGUGGCAGCGUUGGGUCUGGAGGCGCGAGGGUCCAUUGCCGACUCCCUUUAUGCAAUUCUUCUGUUUGCUGAGGCGAAGCAAUUCGAGGUGUCACGAAUGGGAAAACAGCUCGUACCGUUAAUCACGCAAUUUUGGGUUCGGUUCGCGCAUUCACUUGAUUUCUUGGAGGACUGCUGUGGCAAAACGGCAGUGCGAUUCCGAGAGCGCAGACACUUCUCAACACUUUUCUUACCUGGUCUUCUUUGGUUUCUCGCGCUGCGACGCUAUGUCCUACCCUUGGCGGAAGUGGAAACUUUGAGAAGCGCUGUCGCACAACAUGUGGUGCCUCUCCUCGGAGGGAAGUUGGAGGACUUCUUAGAUCCAACAGCAAAGGGGAGUAAGAUCAAGGAGGAAUCAUUAUCAGAGGCAGUAAGAUGUUCCUCGCGAUCUGACUUUUCCUUGCCAAUUAUACUUCUUUGUACCUACCUCCCUGAAUGUUGUAAUGACUUUGGUGAUACGGAAAUGAUAGAGUUUGCCUUGAGCGAAGAGGCGUGGGAGAGAGCACUCUCCGAGGAUGCAAACAAUGCAAAGUAUGCAGUUGAUUUCGCCCUUGCUGUGCGAAAUGGUGGUGGAACGGUUACGCAUCUUGUUCCUUUCUGGCUUCAACGAUUCUCUGGAGCUUAUACGCAUCAGCAAUGCCUAACCCUGGAAGCGGUGAAGAUUGCAAUUGGGACACCAAAGCUUUGGGAGGCACGGAAGCCCUUUGCUUUUGCGUACCAUUCGGCGUUUGAAGCUCCUACGAUACAAGAUGGUGGGGAUGACGUUCCUCUCGGAAUCAGAUGGCUGAAACAGCACUACCCGACACACACUUCACUACCGGGAAUAACAUCGGUGGGGUUGAAGGAAGACAACCAGGUGGUUAAAAUCCCCGCAAUUCUUCACGAUGUUGUUUACAAAAACAUGUAUGCUUUAAAGGGGGCGGAGCCUUCCGCACUACAUGCAGUGCGGUCUUUGAUGUUGGUGGAGUGUGAGGCGGAUCCGACGCGGGAAACAAUUGCAGCUGUGGUGGCGGCUGUUGUCGCCCGUCUGAAUAACGUGGCUCCAAGUUGGCGCGAUGCGCCGGCACAUUCGAGUGGUAAAAACAGUGAUGCCCCCGAUAUGAUUCAGCGCCACGGCAGCGAAAAUGGUGAUGGUGGGGCUUGUGGUGAUUGGGACGACUCCGGCAGUGAAGCCGACGUUGCGGGCAUCGCUCCGGGCGAGGAGAUCAGGGAAGCCAGGGGCCUCCUCGUGACAAUUCUGAGGACCCACUUCGCAGGUGAUGGGGAUGCGUUUCUGAAUGAAGUCUGGCCUACUGAGCGUGAAGGAGUGCGCUUCUUGUUGGGUGUAUGCUGCAGAUCUUUUGAAUAG